CGCAAAAAUAAGCUUUAAAGUUGAACAAUAAUAAAAAAAAAUUUAACCGGUAACCGUUGGUUUGCAGAAAAGCUUGUGUUUUUAAGAGAAGAAUUUAUCAACUGACGAUUUUUAUAAUUUUCUAAAGGCUUAAAACAACUACAAAAUGACCACAUCAUUGUUGCAAAAACCUAAGUCAGAAAUGACACCAGAAGAACUUGCUAAACGCGAAGAAGAAGAGUUCAAUACUGGUCCUCUGUCUGUUUUGACUCAAUCUGUGAAAAAUAACACUCAAGUCUUGAUAAAUUGCAGAAAUAAUAAAAAGUUACUUGGCAGAGUAAAAGCAUUUGACAGGCAUUGUAAUAUGGUGCUUGAAAAUGUGAAAGAGAUGUGGAUGGAAAUGCCUAGAACUGGUAAAGGUAAAAAGAAAGCAAAGCCUGUUAGCAAAGACAGAUAUAUAUCAAAAAUGUUUUUGAGAGGAGACUCUGUAAUAAUGGUUCUUAGAAAUCCUAUUCCUGCUUCAAAACCAUAAGCAUUGACAUAAAUUUUUCAUCAUUCAUUUCGUUUUGUAAUUGGAUAAUAAAAUGCAUUUUUGUUUCUAAUAAA